AUGUUUAUUAUCCUAAAAUUUUUAAUAUCGUUUUUCCUAAUUUGUAAUUUUUUUAAUUAUAAUGAUCAUUUUGCAUCUGGUCAAACAUUACCUCCUGGAUUUUGUCCUUCGCCAUUAAUAUAUAGAAAUUCAACUAAUAGACAAAAUGAUAUUGAAAAUGGUUAUCUGUUUAUUGGUCAAACAAAUUGUACUUCACCAUGUCCAAGUUUAAUAUUUUCAGAAAAUGAAUGGCAUAGAGUUUAUAAUAUGUCAUUAAUAGCAGGAACAAUUUCAAUGUUUGCAUUGAUAUUUUUAAUUAUUACAUAUAGUCCAUUAGUAAAUAAAUAUAAUGGGUAUACAAGACAUACUGUUGGAAUUUUAUUUUUAUUUUGUGGUAUAUUCUUAACGGUUACUACGGAUGGUAGACAACUUUGGGAUAUUGAUUUAGGAUUUGAAAAAUAUUGUCCGGAACCUGGAAGAUUUGCAAGACAAUCAGAUACAAAAUGCUUAGUUACUGCAAUUUUCUUUCAAUAUGGCUGUGUUACUUCAAUAUUAUGGUGGGCUGCAAUAUCGGUUGAUUUAUGGAUGACAAUAAGAAAAGUGAAAAUUUCAAAACUCCAAUUCAUAACUUAUGCUGUGAUUUUGAAUAUAAUUACAUUAAUUUUAACAUUUGCUCCAAUUGCAUCAAAACAAUAUGGAUAUGGUGAAGCGGCAAUUGGCUGUUGGUUAAUGGAUUUGAAAUAUCAAGUUGGUUAUUUUUGGGCACCUGUUGGAUUUUGUUUAUGUGUUGGUUGUGUUAGUAUUGUAUUGAUUAUUAGAGAGAUUUACAAAGUUUCGGAUGCCAUUAAAAAGAAAUUAUUAGCAAAACAUUUGAAACCAUUAAUGUUAAUCAUUUUAAUGUUAUCAGAAUUUAUUUAUAUGUUUAUUUUCUAUUCAUAUACAACUUCACGUAGAGGUCAUUAUCAUGAUGUCGUUGAAAAGUAUAUCCGAUGUUUAUUUAUUAACGCUUCAAAUCCAUCAAUUUGUGAGGUUGAUGUAUCAAUUUCAUCACCCGCUCAUUUUUUCUUUCAUUUUUGUAUGAGAUUAAUGGGUAUUGAGGGUUUGAUUUUCUUUGGUUUUACAAGACAAACUAAAAGAAUAUGGUUAAGAUCAUUUUGGCUUAAUAAUAGUUUCAUUAAGAAAUUAAUACCAUCACUUUCCUCUAUAUCCAGUGAUGAGAAAACUUCAAACUCAAGUCAUAGAACUACUAGGGGUUGUAGGGAAACUGAAUUUGGUGAAUCGAUCGAACAAUCAAAUGAUCCAGAACAUUUUAUCGAGUUAUCAGGAGUAGAUUCAAAAAAUUAA